CAUUCUUUAGUGGAUAAUUCAUUUGCUGCUUAGUCAAUUUAGUCAUGAUUUUGUUGUUUAUUGUGUGAAAACCAUGGAUAACCUUGGAAGUCAGGAAGUUAACCGAACAGAACGUCGCGAAACUCGUGUCCAGGAUUUACAUUUGGACAGAGUAGUGGCGACACAGCCCGAAAUCGGACCAACUCCUCCCGAUGGAGGCUACGGGUGGUUGAUCGUAGUGUCUGCAUCGAUAUACAACAGUACAAUCCCGAGUUUACUUACUCUUUACGGUUUGGUGAUCCUCAGAGCUAACAGGGAUGAGGAUCACGAUGAAGAGGAAUCGCGGAAGAUAUGGGAUAUGGAUAUAGCUUUAGUGCCGAUUAUUAUGGUGGUUAUAAGGCUCCUCCUGGAGUCGUGGUGCAGAGCGGUGGUGAAAAUCUUCAACAUGCCAAGGUUCAUGGGUCUGGCAGGGCUGUGCCUUACUGUCGCCGGGGUUCUGUUAUCUAGUUACUCAACAGAUACUUAUAGCAAUGACCACAUAGUGAAUAUAUUCUCAGGGAUAUUCGCAGGUACGGGAUGGGCUUUAACAGGACAACAGACAGAAGUUAUAAUAACUCAUUACUUCCGAGAAAAUCUCACGAUAGCUCAGAGAUUAGUUCGCAUGGCUCCAUCGAUAGGCAACUUCUUGGCUCCCCUCGUGAUCGGCUACCUGUGCACUGUAUACAGUGGCGACAUCAUUGUAAUGAUAUACGCAGCAAUUCUGAUGCAGAACUGUCUCUUCCUCGCUUCCUACACCAGGCCAGUCUACAUAGAGAAAGUCAUAAGAACAACCUACAACAUGCUCCGCGACGCAGCUGAAGAUGAAGACGAAGUCAUAUACUCCAAUCAAAACCAACCCAAUCCAGCACCAGCUACACAAAGCCCUCCACAGAGCACAAUCCAGGAUGACGACAAUGAUGUCGUCGUUUUCAAAUCACGGAACAAUGCUAGAGAAAUUCUGGAUCCAGCUGUACAGUUCAGAGAAAGUAGCGUUGCUACAGUAAACGAUCAACAACAUCGGUUCUCUUCAGAUUUUAGCUCAAUGUUUGCCGAAACUUCUUCUAAUAGAUUUUCAUCCAACUUUGGGUCCAUGGACAUCAUGAACUACGCCGGUAGUGCCGGAACUCACAGAUAUCAGGAACUCGAAGACAUAGAUAGGGAUAAUCAGAAUCCUCAACCUCUGUACAGGGAGACAACAGUAAAUGCACCUCAAAGCAACGUAGUAUUUGCCACUGAACCGACGGUCGGGACGAUCCGACGAACAGCAUCAUUGAAGAAGAAUUUGAUCACAAUAGCCAACAUGCUGAUGGACGUCAACUUUUAUUUGUACGCGCUGCUGCACCUUUGCACGACGUUUUCAAUCGUGGUCUUGGGAGUUUUCUUACCAGCAUUUGUUUGGGUGCAGGUCCCUCAGAAUAUUUGGUGGGUUGCAACGACGAUCGCGAUGGGACACGGCGCGGCUCUCUGCUUCAUAAUGCUUUGUCUCGCCAUGCCCAAGGACAUCAAUGAAAAAACUCGACUCUGCGCCUUCUUCUGUGUGGUUGGCGCACUUGGGUUUUAUGGAAUCACCUUAUCAGGCAACAGGAGCUUGCUGAUCCUCUGGUGCAUGUUCGCCAGUAUUUCCACCGCUUCCUCCAGCAUCCUCCUACAGCCGCUAUACAACAGCACCCUCAACGAGUUCGAUACAACAGCCACCAUCACCGCGACUAACCUGAUUGUAGCUACCUUCAUCCUCACCUGGUCUUUGGUCAGGAACUACGAAUACAGAACCUGCUUUUUAACAGCUGCUAUCCUGCAGGCGGUCACUGCUGCGAUGUUCUUGGCGUUUUCUUUUAGAAGACGCAGAUAGUGCAAGACAGUGCUUAUGAUCAGUUUUGUAUCGUAGUAUAGGCGUAGUUUCUGCUAAGGGGGUUUGACGAGGAAUUUGACGUGUGCUCCAAUAUUGUACGUACUUAUUGCGAUGCUACAUUGUUUCAUUAGAUUUAUACGCGUCAGAAAGCACGUUACGUCUAAAGCCUGGUCCGUGAGCACGUAGAAUUUUGUCCAAUGACCCCAAGCUACCCAUCCUUAUCGCUCGCGCGUA